AGAAGAAGAAGAAGAAGAAGAAGAAGAAGAAGAAGAAGAAGAAGAAGAAGAAGAAGAAGAAGAAGAAGGGAGUGAGGGGGAGAAGGACAGGUGUGAUCCUCCACAGCUCGGGUGUUUGUUUAGCCAAGAGCGGUAGAGCAGAGGAUUAUAGGAUUAUUGUCAGUGUCGUUGGUCAUGUGAGUUGGCGUGGUCAACACUGACCCCGCUUACCAUCUCUCAGUAAGGAAGCUUAGCCUGGCUGUGAAGAUGUCAGGCUUCUUUUUGCUGCAUGUUAUACAUGCACAGCUUAUCCAUGCCCUCACAAAUCCAGCAGGAUUCCUUGUUUUUUCUCUCCCGAAGAGUAACGAAUAAAUCAGAAGAAAGAGGAAUAAAAGAUUGCGGUGUCAGGAGCAGUAACUCAGAUAAUGUCCACACUGUGAGGAGUAAAUACAGGAACAACCCCGGCCUUGGAACAUGAUUGGCUGUGAGGGCUUGAAGGGGUGACAGCCUGAGAGGUGGCCGCUCCAAUGGCGUGGACCGAGCCACGGUCGCGUCCAGACCCAAAGCCAGAACCAAAACCGACCCCUUACAGUCUCAGGACUUUUUCAUCAGCCAUCCUUCAAGUCCAGUCUCCAGUUUUACUGCCCCUCCUUCUCCUGCUUGCUGCCUUCGCUGACCUGGGUGCUGCCGGUCCACCCCAGCCAGCGCGCCCCCCUCUCUUGUCUGGACAGCCUUUUAUCAUCUUCUGGAGCAUCCCCGACUCUUCCUGCUCCGGUCGGCCAGAUCCAAGGUCUUUCGGGAUGGAACGGGAGGGCCGUGUGGCCGUCUUUUAUGAGGACACACUGGGGAACUACCCUUAUUUUAUAGACAAAGACACACCGGUAAACAGGGGGCUACCACAGCACACACGGCUGGACAACCACCUCCAAAAGACACAGCAGGACUUGGAGGCAGCUUUACCCGGCCCGAGGUACCUUGGGCUGGGGGUGCUGCGCUGGGCAGAGUGGGUCCCCCAGUGGUCAAGGAACCGAGAAAAGCAGGUGCUGUGUCUGGAGGCAUCUAGAAACCUGCUGAAGACUUUCUUUCCUAACUGGACCCCGGAGGAGGUGGAGAGGUGGUCGCAGGUGGACUUCGAGGCAGCGGCCCAGGCAGUAAUGAUGGAAACUCUACGGGAGGUCAAAAGGUUGAGGCCCAAAGCAUUAUGGGGUGUCUCCCCUCACCCCAGCUGCUACAACGGCAAUCCCGCCCAAACCAUAUUAGCCAAUUACACCGGCCAGUGCCCUGCUACGGAGAUGGCCCUUAACGACGAGCUUCUGUGGCUAUGGAAACGAAGCUCCGCCCUCUACCCUCUCCUCACCCUGGAGAAGCUGCAGGGCGGGACCUCUGGAGCCAGGCUAUAUUUGUCCAGUCAAAUCAGAGAAGCACUACGAGUAUCCUCUCUGACUGGGACUGCGUUUGAUCUACCUGUAUUCCCACUGGUCAAGAGUGUCUACGCCUCAACAAAAACUCUCCUGUCCCAGGCAGACCUGGUCAGCACCAUAGGAGAGAGUGCUGCCAUGGGAACAGCCGGAGUUGUCAUCUGGGAGAGAAGUGAGACUAAGACGGAGAGAGAGUGUCAGGACCUGGCAGAGUUCGUCCGGAAGGUCCUGGGACCCUACUCCAUCAACAUAACCACGGCAACUCUGCUCUGCUCAGCUUCUCUGUGCCAGGGAAAGGGCCGAUGCAUCCGUCAAAAUCCAGAAAGCUCCGCAUACCUCCACCUCCCACCGCCACCCUCACCCUCACCUCCAUCCGAAGUUGUGGAGAAGGUGACGGACAAGGCAGAGGCCACAGAAAAAGCCACAGAUCAGCCGGACACAAACACUAAACCAGCUGAACCAGACCCGGCAGAGGUCUGGAAGAAGGACUUCCAGUGCCAGUGGUACAAGACUGCGGACGGGGACGUCUCGGACCAGCAGUCCCCCAAAGACGGAGCGUCUGCUGGGAGUACAGUGAAAGAAAAUGCUGAAGAUGUAACAGGGACCACAACCGCUUCUACCAUAACUUCUACGACAGCUUCUAUAACAGCUUCUAUAACAAAAGGUGCCUCUGUGACCGAGUUAAGAGGAAGCAGUUCAGCUGGUACUGAAAGUUCAACGCCUUCAUUGGAAGUAACAACAGACUGUGGUACAAAGCCACCGAGUGCCCCAAACCUGACUGUUCUGCUGUUGCUGGUGGCUGGAAGUCUUGCCUGGAACCUUAAAAUGUGAACAAACCAGCCUUCACUGGGAAGGUUUUGGGAUGUAACUGCAAUAUGAGCCCUUCUGAAGUGCCCUUGAGCAAGACACUGAAUCCCUGCUAGCUGCAGGUGUGCUGCUUUGUAGAGUACAACAAACUAUGUUUAAAGCUGGAACUUCAAACCUAUCACUGAAUGUGCCAAGAGACAGUAGUGGUACAAACACAUGUCACUUUUAGAUGGACUAGUUCUCGUCAUAUCAAUUCAGCCACGUUAAACCGCGACCACAGAUACAUGAAAGCGGUCAGUAAAAGCUGCACUGUGGUUUUAUUUUCUUUGCACAUUUUGUUUAUACAUACAUGUCAGUCCUUUGUUGUAUGGAAAUUAUUUCAUCAUUUUAAGGCCUAAAGUACUCAUGAGUUUCUCUUUCCAUUAAGUAGAAGUGUUGGUUAAAGGGCUGGUUCAUCAACAAAAAGACCAACAAACUACCAUAAAAUACCUUCAUUGUAUUAAAACCUGGGAGAAUUAUAGCAAAAUGAUCUGCAUUGCUAGAUAAAGAGAGGUAAGAGAGACCUUGUGUUUAUUUGUAAUUUGAGUGAACCAGCCCUUUAAUCUUCCUGAAAGCUUUUAGUUUUCAUAAGUACAUUUUUCAGUAGUUAGUUUGAAAGUCACGUAUCUAAAUGCAAUUUCAGACAGGCGGCAUACGUGUCAACAUUGGCCUUCAGAUGUUGCAUAUCAUUAAUAACAUCCAGGCUUUAUAUUGCGGCUUCCAUCACAAAUGUUAAUAUCUUCUACAAAAAGGCCCAUCGGCUGAACUGCAGCUCUCUAGCAUCCUCUGCCUGAGUUCCAGCAACAUGUAACACGGUCCUUUUUGAAAUGUCAGGAAAAGCACAGGUAUAAACAACAACACUAUUAAUGACUGAAUUCCAUUUAGCUGCUUCAGUUUCAGGGUCCUGGUGUUGUGCACGCUGGUUCACUGUCACAGCUUACGGGGACACUUGAAUAGAACAGAGCCGUCGUUAAUGUGAUUAGUAACAUCCGUGCUUUUCCUGCUGUGACAAGUCAAAAUAUCUGCUGGGAAACAGACCUCUUGGUCUCUCCAGCAUGUAAUUAAAGCUCCUUGAACUAUUAUUGUGGUUAUAAAUGCAGUAUCAAAUACCUUUAAAAUCAGAAAACACAGCACUUCAGUCCAUAAUAGGCAACAUAUACCUGCAUAUAUGUAUAUAUUUUUGUAAGCCAGUGUUGUUUAUAUAUCUGCUACUUCCCCAUUAAAACCUCUCAGUGCUCCUUGAGGCAGCACACUGUAAAAUAAAAACGGAAACGUUUGUUUUUGCAGCUCAUGUAAAUUUAUUUGUUAUUUUUAAAUAAAAUAUACACCAAGACGAAGGGUAUCUAAAUCAUUUUUUAGUUACAGAAAGAUAUAUCUACACAGGUGCAUCCAAUUAUACAACAGAAAAUGAAUUAAUCAUACAUUUAUA